AGCACAAAGAACAUAAUAGACUACUGAUUCUACAAUGAAAAGGGAGAUGGUGCCUUCAUGGCUAGAGAUAUUACUCGCAACACAAUUCUUUACUACUUGUGCCAACCAUCUUCUUGCUUGCCGCAAUGAGUGUAACCUGUUUUGCACUCAGUGCGAGGCUACACCAGCUGCUUUCUGCAACUACUGUCGUUCAAUCAAUCAUUCCACUCAUCGUGUAAUCCAGAUAAGGCGAUCAUCCUAUCAUGAUGUUGUGAGAGUUUCAGAGAUCGAGGACAUCCUUGAUAUUAGUGAUGUGCAGACUUAUGUAAUCAAUAGUGCAAGGGUGGUAUUCUUGAAUGAGCGCCCACAACUGCGUGCUUCUGGUGUCCCCAUCUGUAAGGCACCUUCGUCAUCAACACAUAGCUGCGAGACAUGCAAUCGUGCUCUACUUGAUGCAUUUCGCUUCUGCUCUCUUGGAUGCAAUCUUAAAGGCUUAAAUAUGGAAAUGAGUACGCCAUCCAUGGUUGAAAACAGUCCUCAAUCCAAUGGUAAGGAUCAUGUCACUAUGAUUGACGAUGUUGGUUCAAGUACUACAAGUGACAAAGACAGCUGCAAUGACAAGAACAAUGAAGAACCACCACCAAAAAGGGUUGCUCGUCACCGACGCAAGGGAAUUCCCCAACGUGCGCCAUUCUUCUAAUGUGAAGCUCAUGACAAUAUCCAUUAAAUGUUGGGGCAAAUAAGAUGAGAGAAUGUAUGUCAUGGGUAGAAUAAAAGAAUUAAUGUAUGAUCCCAAUGCUAUAUAUGGUUGAUUUCUUUAAAUUGUGA